UUACCAAAUUUUAAUUCUCAAAUUAUAAUUAUUAUUUUUUAUAAUUUAAGUUAAUAAUUAACUUACAACGUUGCUAUAGUUAUUAGAUAAAUUUUAUCUCUAACUAUUUUUAUGAUUAUUGCAUAAAUAUAUUUAUAUUUUCUCGAUCAUUUAUUGUCAUCGUGCAUGUUUUUUUUUUUUUAAUAUUAUCUUGAUAGAUCUCAUCUUUUACAACGAGAUUUAAUCAAAAUGAAAUUAUUGGAUAACAAAUUUAUAAUAAUUAUAUUUUUUUAAAAUGUAAAUUAAAAAAAAAACUUUUUUUGUUUUUUUUUUUUUUUUUAAAUUAAAUAAAAGUGUGAAAAAAAAUGAGUGGAAUAAUACCAGAAAUGGAACAAAUAAUAAGCCAAUUAGAACGUGGUACAGUAGUAACAAAAUUUUUUCAACGUAAAAAACCCGAAAAAAAAACAUUAAUGAUACGUCGAGAAACACGACAAGUAGUAUGGUCAAAGAGUCCAACUCAUCGUCCAUUUGAUGGUUCUGUUGAAAUACGUGAAAUAAAAGAAAUAAUUAUUGGUAAAAAUUCACGUGAAUUUGAUAAAUGGCCUGAAGAUUCUAAAAAAAUUGAAAAUUUACGUUGUUUUGUUAUUUAUUAUGGCUCUGAAUUUCGUUUAAAAACUUUAUCUGCAUCAGCAUUUAGUGAAAAAGAAUGUGAAUUAUGGAUAAAAGGUUUACGUUAUUUAGUACAAGAUACAAUAAAAGCACCAUAUCCAUUACAAGUUGAACGUUGGUUACGUAAAGAAUUUUAUUUUAUGGAAAAUAAUCGUGAAAUGGUAACACUUAAAGAUGUUAAAAGUUUUAUGCCACGUGCUAGUUGUAAAAUAUCAACAAAUAAAUUACGUCAAGUAUUUCAACAAGUUGAUACACGUGAUCGUACUGAAUUGGGAUUUGAUGAUUUUGUUAUUUUAUAUUAUAAAUUAUUAAUUGAUUACACAACAUUUCCAGAUUGGAAAAAAUUAUUGAGUUACUCGUCGACCGGUAAUAUGUUUAGUUUACAGGAUAUUCAAAAUUUUUUAAUUAAUCAACAACAAGAACAACAAUUUGGCAAUAAUAGUAAUGAUGUAUCACGUUUUAUGAUUGAUUAUCUACAAGAUCCACAACGUGAUGUACAAGAUCCAUAUUUUACGUGUUUAGAAUUUAUUAAUUUUUUAUUUUCCAAACAAAAUGAUAUUUGGAAUCAUAAAUAUGAUCGAGUAACACAUGAUAUGACACGGCCAUUAUCACAUUAUUGGAUUGCUUCAUCACAUAAUACAUAUUUAAUGGGUGAUCAAAUAAGUAGUGAAAGUAGCUGUCAAGCUUAUAUCAGAGCAUUAAGAGCUGGUUGUAGAUGUAUUGAAUUAGAUUGCUGGGAUGGCCCUGAUGGCAUGCCCUUUAUUUUUCACGGUCACACAUUGACAACAAAAAUAAAAUUUCUCGAUGUAAUAAAAACAAUAAAAGAACAUGCAUUUGUUACAUCUGAAUAUCCAGUUAUAAUAUCAAUUGAAGAUAAUUGUACAUUACCACAACAAAGAAAAAUGGCUAUAGCAAUGCAAGAAAUAUUUGGUGAUGCAUUAUUAACACAACCAGUUGAAAAAAAUGAAACAAGUCUUCCAUCACCACAUUCAUUACGUGGAAAAAUAAUUUUAAAACAUAAAAAAUUACCUGAUGGCGUUGAUGAAUCAACAUUUAUAGCACGUAGUAGUAAUGAAAUAAAUACAACACAUGAAAUGGAUUUACGUAAUACUGUUAAAAAUGGUAUACUUUAUUUACAAGAUCAAAAUGAUGGUGAAUGGUAUCCUCAUUUUUUUAUAUUAACAACUAAAAAUAUUUUUUAUACCGAUACAUUUUCACAAAAUCAUGAAAUAGAACUUGAAGAUGAUGAUGAUAAUAAUUCAAUAAUUAAUCGUAAAAAUUUAGAAGGUGUACCAAAUGAUGAAUUACAUUUUGGUGAAAAAUGGUUUCAUGGUAAAUUAGCACGUGGCCGUGAAGAAGCUGAAGAAUUAUUACGUCGUUAUUCACAUCUUGGUGAUGGUACAUUUUUAGUACGACAAUGUGUUACAUUUGUUGGUGAUUAUUGUUUAUCAUUUUGGCGUAAAGGUAAAGUUAAUCAUUGUCGUAUUAAAUUAAAACAACAAUUGGGACAAACAAAAUAUUAUUUAAUUGAUAGUAUAUGUUUUGAUAGUUUAUAUAGUUUAAUAACACAUUAUCGUAAUAAUUCAUUACGUAGUCAAGAAUUUGUAAUAACAUUACGUGAACCAGUACCACAACCAUGUAAACAUGAAGAAAAAGAAUGGUGGCAUUCUGAUUGUACACGUAAUAUUGCUCAAGAUAUAUUAAAACGUAUACCAACAAAUGGUGCAUUUUUAGUACGUCCAAGUGAUAAAGAAUUAAAUACUUAUGCAAUAUCAUUUCGUGCUGAAAAUAAAAUAAAACAUUGUCGUAUUAAAUUAGAAGGACGUUUAUAUACUGUUGGUUCAAUACAAUUUGAAAGUUUAAUUGAAUUAGUUAAUUAUUAUGAACGUAAUCCACUAUAUAAAAAAAUACGCCUUUGUCAUCCAAUUAGUCGUCGCGAUAUUGAUGAUUUAACAUUAAAUAAUGCUAUUGCUGUUUCUUCUACUACUGCUAUUGUAACUACUAUUGGUAUUACUACUACUACUACAACUACUACUACUACUACUACUACUACUACUACUACUUCUACUUCUACUGUUACUAAUAAUCAUGAUGAUAUUGAUGUUGAUGACGAUGAUGAUGAUGAUAAUUCUGUUUAUGGUAUUCCUGGUUAUAUGGAUCCAGCUAUAUUUAUUUCAAAAAUAACUGUUAAAGCUAUUUAUGAUUAUAAAGCAAGACGUGAUGAUGAAUUAACAUUUGUUAAACAUGCGAUUAUAACAAAUGUACAUAAACAAGACGGUGGAUGGUGGCGUGGUGAUUAUGGUGGUAAAAAACAACAUUGGUUUCCAGCAAAUUACGUUGAAGAAAUAGAAUCUCAAGACAAUAAUAAUUUUAUUGAUAUUGAUAAUAAUAAUCAUCAAUCUAGAGAUACAUCUAAAAUACUUGGUAAUUUACAAAAAGGUUCACUUGAUAUAACCGGUAUUGUUGUUGAUAUAGCUGUUAAUAAUGAUAGACCUGGUUUAGAAUGGAGUAUUAAAAUACAAAAUCAAAAUAUGUGUACAGUAUUUGAAGCAGCAACAAUAUCGAAAGAAAUAGCAUUAGAAUGGAUGGAUAUUAUUAAAGAAACAGCACAACAUGCAAAUGCACGUGAAAAUCAAAAUAAAGAAAUAGAACGUGCAUGGAGAAUAGCUAAAGAAAUGUCAAAUCUUAUUAUUUAUUGUAGAUCAGUACCAUUUGAUAAUGAACGUAUCAAUAAAAAAUAUUUUGUUUAUAAUGAAAUGAGUAGUUUUCCAGAAACAAAAGCUGAAAAACUAAUUUGUCAAAGUGAACAUAAAUUUUUUGUAAAAUAUCAUCAAAUACAAUUUAGUCGUGUUUAUCCAAAAGGACAACGUAUUGAUUCAUCAAAUUAUAAUCCAAUACCAUUAUGGAAUUCUGGUUGUCAAAUGGUUGCUCUUAAUUAUCAAACAGGUGAUAAAUCAAUGCAAUUAAAUCAAGCUAAAUUUCGUGAAAAUGGUUAUUCUGGUUAUAUAUUAAAACCAGAUUUUAUGUUUGAUGAUAAUUAUAAUGCAUAUGAUAAAAAAUUAUUAAAAGGAAUCGAAGGAUUUAAAAUAAAAUUGAAAAUAAUUGGAGCUAGACAUUUAAAUAAAUCUGGUGGUAAAAGUAUUGUUAGUCCUUAUGUUGAAAUUGAAAUAAUUGGUGCUGAUUACGAUAAUGGAAAUAAAUUAACAACUAAAACAAUAUCUGAUAAUGGAUUUAAUCCAAUAUGGAAUGAAUCAUGUGAAUUUAAUAUUAUUAAUACUAAUUUUUCAUUUAUUAGAUUUUUAGUUCAAGAUGAAGAUGUUUUUGGCGAUUGUAAUUUUAUUGGACAAGCUACUUAUCCAGUUAAAUGUUUAAGAACUGGUUAUCGUAGUGUACCAUUGAAAAAUCAGUAUAGUGAAGAUCUUGAAUUAGCUUCAUUGUUGGUACAUAUAACUAUUAAUAAAUUUAUAAAUAAUUAAAUUUA